AUUUAUUUUUUUAAUUUUACGGAGUGAGAAUCGUUCGUUGCCAAGAGAAUCGACUGUCGCGUGUGAAUAUAUUUUUUUUUUAUCAAAAAAAAUAUACUAGAAAAAAAUCUCUCUAUCAGCCAAAACAUCAACUAACGACGUCUGGAACUGAUAAUUAAUUAAUUUAUCAAAUCGAAAAGGAAUAUAAUAUACCCGCAAAAAUAUGAGUGCUCCACCAACUGCAGCCGCUGCUCCCGCAAAUCCACCACCACAAUUCCGUAGAGGAAUUGUUAAGCAGGUUCUUUCCGGCGAUACUGUGAUUAUUCGUGCAGCUAAAGGAGCUCCACCACCAGAGAAGCAAGUUACUUUCUCCCACGUAUUAGCCCCUAAACUCGCCAGAAGGCCCGGAGCUGGAGGUGAAGAAACAAGAGACGACCCAUGGGCAUGGGAAUCACGUGAAUUCCUCCGGCAAAAAUUGAUUGGUGAAGAAGUUGGUUUUACCUUCGAAAAAGCACCAAACACUUCCCGCGAAUAUGGCAACGUUUGGUUGGGAAAAGAUCAAGAAACCGGCGAAAACAUUGUCGAGACAAUGGUGCAUGAAGGUUUAGUGAGUGUACGUCGCGAAGGCCGCCAAACACCAGACUUGCAGCGUCUUAUCGAAUUGGAAGAUAACGCCAAAGCUGCUGGUCGUGGUAAAUGGAGUCACAGUCCGCCAUCUGAACAUGUCAGACACAUUAAAUGGACUCAAGAGAACCCCUCCCAUAUUGUUGAUAUCUAUGGUGGCAAACCUGUGAAGGCUAUCAUUGAACAUGUUCGUGAUGGUUCAACAAUUCGUGCAUUCUUGUUGCCCGAUUUCCAUUACAUCACCUUGAUGAUCUCUGGUAUCCGUUGUCCCGGUGUUAAACUCGACAAUGAGGGUAAACCUGAUUUGAGUGUGAAAAUUCCAUUUGCCGAUGAAGCACGUUACUUUGUUGAGUCGCGUCUUUUGCAGCGUGAAGUUGAAAUUCGAUUGGAAUCGGUCAAUAAUUCCAACUUUAUUGGAACUAUUCUCUAUCCCAAGGGCAACAUUGCUGAGGCUUUGUUGAGAGAGGGUCUUGCCAAGUGUGUUGACUGGAGCAUGGCUGUUAUGAAGGGUGGUGCUGACAAAUUGAGAGCUGCCGAACGUCAAGCUAAAGAAAACCGCCUCCGUUUAUGGAAGGAUUAUCAAUCCAAGGCACCUGCAUUUAACUCCAAGGAAAAAGAUUUCACCGGUACUGUUGUUGAAGUGUUCAAUGGUGAUGCCAUUAAUGUCAAAUUACCCAAUGGCCAAGUGAAGAAAGUCUUCCUUUCAAGUAUCCGCCCACCACGUGACACUGCUCGCAGCGGUGUUGAUGGCGAUGGUGAAAUCAAGCCCCAACCACGUAGCAAAAACUACCGUCCAUUGUAUGAAAUUCCAUUUAUGUUCGAGGCACGUGAAUUCCUGCGCAAGAAAUUGAUCAAUCAUAAAGUGCAGUGCACCCUUGAUUAUAUUUCGCCAGCUCGUGAAAACUUCCCGGAGAAGUACUGCUACACGGUUACCAUCGGUGGGCAGAAUAUCGCCGAGGCAAUGGUGAGCAAGGGUCUAGCCACUGUUGUGCGUUAUCGUCAAGAUGAUGAUCAACGCUCGGCUCAUUACGAUGAGUUGUUUAGCGCUGAAGCUCAGGCGAUCAAGGGUCAAAAGGGUAUGCAUGGCAAGAAGGAUAGCGCCAUGUUGCGCAUCAACGACCUCACCACUGAACAUUCCCGCAUUAAGCAGCAAUACUUGCCAUCAUGGCAACGUGCUCUUCGUACCGAGGGUAUUGUUGAAUUCGUUGCUAGUGGCUCACGUCUGCGCAUUUAUAUUCCCAAGGAUAGCUGUCUGGUGACUUUCCUUCUGGCUGGUAUCUCUUGUCCUCGUUCAUCAAGACCCGCACUUAACGGAGUCCCCGCCCAGGAGGGAGAACCCUUCGGUGACGAGGCUUUGACUUACACCCGCGAUCGCAUUUUGCAACGUGACGUAAGUGUGCACAUUGAGACCACCGACAAGGCCGGUAGCAGUGUCAUUGGUUGGCUGUGGACCGAGAACAAUGUCAACUUGUCUGUUGCUCUCGUCGAAGAAGGUUUGGCUGAAGUGCAUUUCAGUGCUGAGAAGUCAGAAUACUUCAGGACAUUGAAAAACGCUGAGGAUCGUGCCAAGGCUGCCAAGAAGAACAUCUGGGCCAAUUAUGUCGAAGAGGUAGUAGAGGAGAAGAAACCAGAAGAAGAAAAGGAAGAAAAAGUUGUUGAAAGGAAAGUAAACUAUGAGACCGUAAUUGUCACUGAAAUUACACCCGAAUUGACAUUCUUUGCCCAAAACGUUGAUUCUGCCUCGAAAUUGGACAAUUUGAUGGCCAAGCUACGCACCGAAUUCGAAUCAAAUCCACCAAUUGCCGGAACUUACACGCCCAAGCGUAACGAUUUGUGCGCUGCUCAAUUUAGCCUUGACAACGAGUGGUACAGGGCGAAGGUUGAACGUGUCCAAAAUGGCACCGCUACCGUUUGUUACAUUGAUUACGGAAAUAAAGAGAAUGUGCCUUUCAACCGCCUGGCAAAUUUGCCCAGUGGAUUCAGCGAAAAACCCUACGCUACUGAAUACGCAUUGGCUUUGGUUCUCCUGCCUGGUGACGCGGACGACAAGGAAGAAGCUCUCCGUUGUUUCGCCCAAGACGUUCUCAACCGCAAGGUUCAACUCAAUGUUGAAUUGCGACCAUCGACCGGCGUUCCAUUGGCCACCGUGCACGACCCAACUACCAACGCUGACAUUGGUAAAGGCCUUGUUGCUGAUGGACUCCUGCUGGCAGAAAAGAGGCGUGAACGCAAACUCAAGGAUCUGGUAGACCAAUACCAGCAAGCGCAAGCAACCGCCUUGGCAGCUCACUUGGCCAUCUGGAAAUACGGUGACAUCACUCAAGACGAUGCGCCCGAAUUCAGCCGCUAAAAGGAGAACGCAAUUCUUCUUGUUUGUCUGCCACAACACACCCGCCCUUCAAUCUAACAACAACAAGAACUAUGAUUAUAUUAUAUAAAAAAAUAAAUCAAAAUGCAAGAAAGAACGAUUAUAGAAUAAAAUUAAAAUGAAAAAUAUUUCAAAAAAAAAAAAAAUUAUUAAAAUAAACAAGAAAAACGAAAAUUAUUUGAAGAAAU